AUGGGCGAGACAUGGAGGCCUUUGAGCAGUAGGAGGAACGUGAUGUUGGUCUGCUUGCUCCUCGUGGUCGUCUUUCUGAUAUCAAGCAACCAGUACAGCAACCUGCCAUCGGCGGAGAUUCGCUCGGAUGACUCUAUGCAAACGCAUACAGUGGCUGCAUCCGGGAUCAAUCACACCCGUACUUUCGCGGCGCCACCCGAGGCGCCAAAGUCGACAUGGACAUUCGACGUAUCACGAGACCGGGACAAUCACUCCCUUACGCAGGAGCAAUGCGACGUUGCCUUUCCCAGACUAUAUCACGAGAUCGACCGAGCCGCUGCAUAUUGGAAGGACAGACUGGGCGACGAGCAGAUUUCGCCCGAGAUGGUUGACCUGAAGUGGAGCUCGGACGGUGGCUUGACGGCGAUGAUAUACAAUCAUCAACUGUACAUUACGCACGCUCGUGGGUUGAACCACUUCCUGCACUGGCGAGAGCGCUCACACGCCACCCUUCAUCAGAUCCAGCGCGCCAUCCUGGCUUCUCCGGAGCGUCUACCAAACAUUGAGUUCUCCGUCAAGAUCAACGACCUCCUCGGCCUGAACUACGAGCAUCCUAACAUUAACGUCACCGUUUGGGGCUUCUCGCGCAACAUCAGCGACCCUGUCAUGGAUCAAGUAUGGGUGGUUCCAGACUUCAACUUCUGGGAUUAUCCCCGCGUAGCAGGCUCCUUCUCCGACUACCAACAACAAGCGAUUGAGAUCAAGCAGGACAGGUUCGAAGACAAGAAGGAUCUCCUCGUCUGGCGCGGAACCGUAGGCUUCAAGCCUGAACUCCGCUGGCCACUGAUCAUGCAGACGGCCGGCCAGCCGUGGUCGGACGUGCACCGCCUGGACACGGAGAUGACGACGCCGGACCAAUUACAGCACAAGAUCUCCAUGCCGGAUCACUGUCGGUACAAGUACUCUGUACACACUGAAGGCACCUCGUGGUCAGGCAGGCUGAAGUACCUGCUCAGCUGCCACCAGGUCGUCAUCAUCCACCAUCUCUCCUACUUCACGCACCUAUACCACUUGCUCACACCGUCCGGGCCUGGACAGAACUACGUGCAGGUUCAGAACGACUGGCUUGACCUACCGGAUAAGAUGGAAGACCUGCUGUCGAACCCUGACAAGGCGAAGAUGAUCGCCGACAGCGCGGCCGCUGACUUCCGGGACUUGUACUCGACUGCUGCAGCACAGUCGUGCUAUUGGAGACGGUUGUUCCGCACAUGGAGAGAGGCUAGCUAUGAGCCAGAUCCAUUCGAGUAUCGGAAGCAGGAGGACGAGAGCUGGGAAAGGCAUGUUAGGGGUAUGACUUAUGAGGAAUAUGUGUUCCAUGAUCAAAGUGUGCCAGUUGGCGCUUGA